UGGCCUUUUGAUCGGCCGACUGAUGAAAAGUGCACCUGCAACUUCCGGCUUUGGAAGAGAGCAGGAAAAGGGCAGGGAAAAGGCGUGAGCGAGAGAGGGGGGCACAGGACAAGUUGGCAGCCAAGAAAGCAAAAAGGAGGGAAGAAGAAAAGGCUCGUAACAGUGACGAUAGAUGGGAGUGUACGCCCCCCUCGAUCUCAAAGUCUGAGGCCAUAUUCAUCUAAAGUUGAACUGAUGAAUAUCAUGGGUAUAUCUGCAAAAUGGCUUAGAUCGUUGGUUGGAAUAAGGAAACAUGAGAAAUCGCAACAUCCAGAAAAUGAUAAAUAUACUAGUGCCUCUGCCAACAAGUUGAAUAGCCAGAAGAAAAACUAUGUUGGUCUUGAUCCUGCUACAACAGAAGACGAGUUGGCUCUGGGAUCAGCUCUAUCAACUGGAGAUGCCAAUCUACAGUCAAAUUCAGAUUCUGCUUCCUCUCCUACCGCACAAAUGACAAGUCAAACUCAGCAGAACAUGAGAGAGGAGUGGGCUGCCAUGGUUAUUCAAACUGCUUUUCGAGCAUUCCUGGCUAGAAGGGCUUUACGGGCUCUCAAAGGACUAGUUAGAUUACAGGCCCUCGUUAGGGGUCAUGCUGUGAGAAAACAAGCUGCAAUAACUCUUCGCUGCAUGCAAGCUCUGGUAAGGGUGCAGGCCCGUGUAAGAGCCAGGCGAGUUCGCUUGGCAUUAGAAAGUCAAUUGGGAGGUCAAACGGUUCAGGAACAACAAUCACAUGAAGAAGCUCGCACUAGAGAAAUAGAGGAAGGCUGGUGUGACAGUGUUGGCUCUGUGGAGGAAAUUCAAGCAAAGUUGUUGAGGAGGCAAGAAGCUGCUGCCAAGCGUGAGAGAGCUAUGGCAUAUGCUGUCACUCAUCAGUGGCAAGCAGGCCUUAGGAAGCCAGCUGCCUCUGCGGGAUUUGAGCCAGAUAAAAAUAACUGGGGUUGGAACUGGUUAGAGAGAUGGAUGGCUGUUCGUCCAUGGGAGAAUAGGUUUCUUGAUAUUAGUCUUAAAGAUGGGGUUAAAAUUCACGAGAAUGGAACAGCUGAAAGGAAGAACGAAAUCAGUGGAUUGCAGACUCAAUCCCAGACUCAGAAUGUACCCAGUGGCAAGAGACCCAUUUCAAAUCUUCACUCGAAUAUCAUAAACCAUAAAUCAGUGCCACUGGUGUCUCAUGCAAGUGGUUUCUCCUCAAGCCAGUCUGCUAAUGUGCUAGCGACUUCUGGUUUUUCUUCAAGCCAGCCAAAACAAAAGGCAUCAUCUGAGGAGGUUUGCAUAGAAACUACAUCCCAAACUUCUGCUGUUGGAGCUCAGUCUUUGAGCAACCUGAAGGAUAGGCCAUCUCCAGUGGAAUCGCAGGUUAAGAAGUUGUCCUUACCAACCAGCGAAACAUCUGACAUUGCUGGCAUCAAAAGAUUAGCUGUUGAUGACAAUAUAUACUGGUCUUGUGUCUUUGGUUAAGACAGAUAUAGAGGUCUAGGAGUGGGGAAACAUGCUGCAAAUAAAGUUGCAAUAAACCAGUCAGAAAACAGAAGCACCCUAAAGGCACGCUUAAAUCUGAAGCAAAACACCAUGAAAUCCUAGGAUCAAAGCAUCAAAGGAGCUGAAUUGCAGAUACAAGAAUCCAAUUGGAGUUUUUGAUUCAUCAUCCAGUAGCUGAUCAUAAGCUUUCCUCUACUGGACUGAACUUUUCAUCGAUACAUAUUUGCAUGAUCUGGUUUAGGUAAAUUAUGAUGGCACGAUUCUCUACACCACUACUUUUGCAUGAUCUGGUUUAGGUAAAUUAUGAUGGCACGAUUCUCUACACCACUACUUUUUCGAUGCUGAAUGUCCGAUAGUGCUUAACCUCAAUAUCGUGAUCAGCUUAUUCUGUUGUAUUAUUGCUUGGUCUCUGUGUAUUGUCGUUUUAUUUCAAACUAUGUAAUUGCCAAUUUUUGUUUGCUGUUGAGGCUAUUAAUGCUUCUAUAUCAUUUACAUUGUGCAGAAGAAUAUGAUGGUUGUGUUUUAAAUGAGCUGAAUAAUGGAUCCCACUUGCCAUUGA